AAAUUGGUUGACCAGGUCAAUUUGUUGCUUCUAUACCUUUUACCGAACAAUAUGCCAGAAUUAACAUUAGAACAAUUGAACGAACAAGUAGCUAAGCUCUCGGGACUUGUGGAGAGACAAUCAAAGAUUAUAGCAGAAACUGGGGAACAAGUACUUCAAUUGCAAGUAAAAGAUGUGAAAACAAGAAUGUCAGCAUUAGAUAUGAAACCACAGCAACCGGAAAUAGACUUGACUGAUUAUAUCAAUAACGAAGAUAUUGUGCAAUUGGUCACUGAAUUACAAACCCAAUUGGAUAAUUUGGAAGAUCGUACAAUUCGUCGUUGUUCCAACGCCCUGAUCACCAAACCACUGGACUUCUUGGCUCCCUUAACUAAUAGAGAUGGUGAUUUGCCUGAUUUUGAAUUGCCAAACACUUUACAAGAGUUUCAGAAUUUAGACAAGGUAGAUAUCAUAAGAUUAGCCGUAUUUUAUGAGAUUAUUAUACCUAAUCAAGGUUCAGAAUUAGAACAACAACCAGAAGGUGUUGUUCCAGGAAUUUCACAUGCUCCUGCUGCCGGUGCCACCGCAGUUGAAAACAACAGUGUAGACAUUAUUGAGUUGAGUAAACAAUUUGAUGAGAUACAAGCGAUUGAGAUAUUUGACGAAUUAGCCAGAUAUCUUGGUAUAAAAUAUAGAAAGGGUAGCAAUAAAUGGUAGUUUAUCCAGUUUAUACAAUUAUAUAGCAAAAUCUAACAACAAGCUUUUAUGCAGG